UCUGCUGUUGAUGUUAGCCUCGCUUUUGGCCACUUUUUUUGCCAAAAUAAUGUUUACAAAAAAUGUGAUUUUUUGGUACCAAAGAGGUCGUUAUUCAUUAUUCAUACCUUUGAAGUUGUUCAGCGCGUAGCCAAAAAUCUUCGGAGAUAUCGCAUGGAAGAUAGCUUAGCUUCAUGUCCAGCUUAGCUAAAGAUGCGAGUGUCACCACGGCAGAGACUCCGGCUCUGAUUGUCCCCACUCCGCGUGUAAAUGGAUCUAAGCUUUCUCUUCACAUUAAUCAAGUCGUCCGCCUAGUUGGUCUAGUCUCGCACAUUAAGGAUCAGCAAGUUGAUCUUGUUGCAUCUGAUGGAAAACAUGUCAACGUCAGGUUGAGUUCUGGAACGGCCCUUACUCAAGGACAAAUAGUUGAGGUGAUUGGAAACGUUGAGUCUGUUUCUCAAGUUUUGGAAUAUAGUACCUACGUGUGGGAAAAUGUUGAUCUAGACAUUUACGACAAAAUGAUUAAUUUGACCUAUCAAUAUGCUGAAUUGUUUACUUGAGAUUUGAUAGCAUUAGCUUUUCUUCUACCGAACCACAGCUAGAAAAAAUAAAGCGAACCGCCAUUUAUAUGUUUAGAUGUGCUACACUAUGGGCCUGAAAAAUCGCAAGAACGCUAUUCUGCGUACU